AUAAGCCUUAGUGAAGUUAGAUCAAAUAAAAGGAAUAGCCACCAUUAAAGGAAUUGUUUCGUUUCCUAUUUUUUACGCAAUUUCCAAUACUGCUCCCCCAAGAAUCCCCCUGUCCCAUACGUAUGACGAACCAACAACAUUGUUCCAGCACAACCAAUCGUUUAUUUGAGUAAUCAUCCAACGCGAGCAAGUGAAUCAAAAAAAAAGCAACAAAUACAUAUAAGAAAGGAAGAUAAACAGUUCAAAAAUAUAGCAAAAAAAAAAAAAAAAACACAAAGACCACUAUAUACGCUAAAGGGGGAGAAGUCUGAGGUCGUAUACUGGGGUUGUCUUGUCGGCUAACUAACCAACCACCCAACGGCGAAACCAAUCUUGAAAAAAUAUGUUAUUCUUAUUAUGAGUGUAUCGUCUCGUGAGUCCGGUUGAGUGUGAUUGAAAAAAAUAAAUAAAAAAGCAAUUUAAUGUUAAAUGGCUAUGAAAAUAUUUUGUUGUAAAAUAGUGCAAAAGCUUUUUUGUGUCUAUCGUGAAAAAAUCCUUGACCACAAAAUUUUUGAUUCCUAAGUGUUUUGUUUUGUGUAUUUUCGAUAAUAAUUUUUGGCAAAAUGGUCCGUUUGAAACACUUGUAAAAUUUCUCAAUCACCCACAAUUGUGAAAUAUUUUUCUGCACUUCUUCCUGUUGAGGAGAAUUUUCCGGUAAAUCAAAUUGAAACCUGCAAGCAGACGGUUGCAUCAAAACGGUAACACCAACAAAAAAAAAACUGCACUAAAAUUAAAAAAAAAUAAACCAAAACGCCACCUCAAUAUAAAAAUAUCAAUUGAAAAUUUGUUUAAAACAAUUUUCUUGGUAGCGGAAUUUCGGUAUAAUUACUUGAUUGCUUAUUUUCGAUUCGUGCAAAAUAAUAAAACGUCAAAAUGUCGCGUUUAAGUACUUCGUUUAGUAGUAAUUUAUAUUUUAAUUUAAAGACUAAAAAGUUUAUGUGAUAUUAGUUGAAAGAUAAACGGACACUUAUUUGCACUAUCGACAGUCAUUAGAGAUUCCCGUUUCUUUUCAAUAACGCCGCGCCGCUACUUGAAAAGUUUCCUUUGUUACUAAAGGAGCUUUGUUUGAGGAAAAGUAGAAUACCAACAACAAGGACACGCUAUAUCAAACAUUCAAGCCAUCAUCAUCAUCAUUAUCAAAAACCUAAAGAUAUAUGAAACGGUGAAGCUGAAAGAACAGCUGUCUUAAGAGAAAUAUUUGAGAGAAAGAGAGAAUACUAAAGAGAGAGUAAGAAUAUAAAGAAAAAUAUUCCAAAAAAAGAGAUCACAUCUAUUGAUCAAUACUUAAGAGAUAGCAGUUACUUUGUGUCAACGAAAGAGGGAGAGGAGAGGAGAGAGAGAGCUUAAAAUAAACAGUGAAAAAUAACUGUAAAACUGAAUAUUUUUAAAUCUUUGUAUUCACUGGAAUUUAAUCGAGGAAUUCGUUUAAGGACAGCAUUUGAAGAAAUCUGUUGGAAAAAUCCAUAAUAACCGAUAGAAGCUACAAGAGCUGACAAUUUCAAUAGAAAAACGAGACAAAGAGAAAAAUAAAAAGUCUAUAGAAACGCUAUACGAGAUACAUCAAUUGAAACAAGAGCCCUACCAACCAGCAGAAGGUUACGUUAAAGCCUUGAAUUCCAUUGACAAAGCAUAAAAGGACCUUAAAAAAGUUCAACCUAAGCUCUCUGUGAAGCCUUUAAAAACUUGAUAACUUGAAAAUUUCUUUAGCGAGACCUAGUCUUCAGAGAAAGUAUCUUCUCAUAAAUCAACUCUUGGAAAAACUUUCUCUUAUAGAAAAAACAAACUUCUCAAUCCUCGUUUUCUCACAAAUUAAAAAAAAAACAGUUGGCAACUCCUGCAUAUUUUUUUGGCCUGGCAAUUUUUCCCUUUUUAUUGCACCUUGCCUAAAGUGUAGCUCUUUCGCACACACACACACACACACAACACCACCUUACUCGUCGAUAGAUCAUCAACGGUGACUGUUUGCUUUUAAAACAGAGCACAUUCAUAAAGCCCAAUUGUUACUGCCUAAUGGCAAGUAGUUCGUUCAAUAAGACGAGACACAGGCGCAGACUGGCUGCGAUCUCGUUUCUAUCGAAUAUUUCAUUAGAUGGCACACAUCGGGAUACUAAAUUUGCAACAAUUGGCAUCUGUGGCACAGGUGCAGGCAAUAACGCAACGUCGGCAAGAUUACGCACAGGAGUUGGUGGAGCGACAAAGUACGGCAACAACGAAUAUCUCAGCGAAGGAGACGAAAAUCUAUUUGACAUCGAGGCGUCAGCAGGCGUUGGAGGUAUUAGCAGCAGCGGCAACGGAGUGGCGUCAGCAGCAACGGCCUUAUCAAUUGGCAAUGGCAUCGGUGGCAAAUUCAAUUCUGUGGGAGUGGAACUAUUCGGUCCUCAAUACAAUGGCAACAGUCUCAACAAUAACAACAGCAACACCAGCAGCAGCAACAACAAUAGUCAGCAGCAACAGCAAUCCUUCUAUAAUCAACAACAAAAAUCAUUCUAUCAUCAGCCACAGCAACAACAACAACAUUCCCAGCAACGCAAUGGCAGCAUUGGUGGCGGCAGCAAUAAGUCCCAACAUUUGCCCAGCAGUGCAGCAAAUGUACUGCUGGCCAGCUGUGCAGGCGCUGUCGCAGCCAUGGAUGAAGGCCACAUGGAUGUAUUGGCCUCUGGCGGUGCUGGUGGCGGCGGCAGCGGCAGCGGCAGCCUGGUGGGAAGUGAUGAUGCCGGUAGUGCAGAUGGUGAUGGGCAUUUUAGUGAAACUGAAAAUCUGGGUUACAACCUGAUAAAUGCUGUCCCAAUGCCAAACGCUACAAGCGAUGGAGGUAACAAACCUUUGGAUAAAUUGUCGACAAACGCUACAGCAACAGCAGCAGUUGCAGCAACCGCUGCCAAUGUAUCCGUUAUCCAACGUAAUGCUAAGAGACCCAACUCGGGCAGUGGUCGCCAACAGGGCAAUGGCAAUCUUAAAUGUAAUGGCAAGAUCAAUCAAAGACAACAGCCAACAUCCACUCAUCAUCCAACUCAACAAUAUCAUGCUGGCGGCAGUGGUGGUUCGGGAGCCGAAAGUGGCAGUGAUUCCGAUAGCGUUAAGAUACCAAUGAAGGUAUCCAGCAUGGGAGCAGGCAUAUUGAUGCCGUUGCGUGAAAGAACCUUUAGCAAUGUCUCUAACGAUUUACCACCCGAACGUCGUGCACGUCUUAAUACGGCACCCGGUAUGCGUGUCGGCAAUAGCAAUUCAACAUCUAUGACCUUUGGUGGCAUCGCCAAGAGACCAUAUAAUAUAAUUGGCUCCACGAUUUCGCAUAUAACCGAUGAUAGCAGCACGGAAAGUUUAACACCCGGCUCAUUUGGCAAUCGUGGCAGUAUACCGAAAUCGGUGCAAAUCAAUGAUGCCAAAGAUUUGCGUCUGAUGGGCUCACAGGCCCACAAGCAACAUCAGUACAAAGAUGAGAGAGUAGUUUUAGUAUCGCGUAAGGUGCCGUUUUUCAUAUUUUCGGCAUUGCCCUAUUAUAAGGGUAAAAAUGGAAGAGCGGAAUUACGCAAAGAGGGUCGUCGUCGCAAUACUUCGGCUUCACGACCCUUGUCGGCCAUCAAUGAUGCUCCCUUUGAUCCUUUUGAUUUAUUGGGCAUAGAGAGAGGUGAAAGUGGUCAGGAUAUUUCCUACGGCCAUUUAUUGAUACCCUCCCGCCAGUUUACCAAGGAGGGCAAAAAGCAUGGAACCACCAGUAGCUCUUUGGUUGAGGGUCAAAUUGAAAUAACUGGUACAGCGGCUUUGAAGAAUCACGGGAUUGCCAGGACAAAAUUUAUGACACGACAUAAAGGCCAAUGGUGUUUUACGUAUGAGAAUAAUAAUCGCAAUAAUGCCGCCAGCCCUUCGCCAGAUGUGAAACUCGAUUUUGAUGAAUCCUUGGACACAAGCCGAAGUUCACAACUUCAACAAUAUUCGGCCAAUAUUUUGGAUGAUCCUGAGUUAAUUGCUGGCAAACAUCGCACAUUGUUGACAUUUACUUCGUAUAUGACAUCGGUUAUCGAUUAUGUCAGACCAUCGGAUUUGAAAAAGGAGCUGAAUGAUAAAUUUCGAGAGAAAUUUCCUCAUAUACAAUUGACCUUGAGCAAACUGAGAAGCAUAAAACGAGAAAUGCGUCGCAUUAAUAAAUUGGAUAAUCGCAUUGAUUUGGUAACCAUCUCACAGGCCUAUGUGUAUUUUGAAAAAUUGAUAUUGGCCAAUUUGAUAAAUAAAUCCAAUAGAAAAUUAUGUGCCGGAGCUUGCCUAUUGCUGAGUGCCAAAAUGAAUGAUGUCAAGGGUGAUUUAUUGAAAAGUUUAAUAGAGAAAACUGAAAAUGUUUUCCGCCUGAAUCGCAAGGAAUUGAUUUCCUCUGAAUUUGCAGUUUUGGUUGCUUUAGAAUUUAGCCUACAUGUACCCAUGCAUGAGAUCUUACCUCACUAUCAACGUUUAUUGUACGAAUCCUAGAAUUGGCCUAAACGCUUUGUCGAUAAGCGUUUUCUAACGGCAGCCGCCAAUACAUCGCGUCAUUAUUUUCGUCGUUGUGCCAGCAGUAAAAAGUGAAUUACAGAACAGUAAAGGCAACUAAGUAAGAGGUAAUUUUAUAGAAAAAAAGGAACUUUGUUUUUUAAGUCAACGAUUUUUGUAUUAAUUUUAGAAAAAAAAUCGAUAAAUAACGGUAUACGAUAUUUUUUUUUAUAACGGAAAAAUCGAUUGUCUAGUUAACACAAAAACGCAUAUGGGUAUUUUAAUAAUGAAAAAAAAAAAAUCA